AUGAUUUUAUGGGGCCGAAGUGUCUCGUGGUUGAGACAGUUACAGUUCAGACAAAGUUUCUUUCUUGACCGACAACAGGAGGAAUUUGCAGAGGUCAUGAGAUGGAGGAAUUUUGACUCCAUGUUUUUGACUCAUCUGUCCAGCAGGCCGGCCGUCGCCAUGGACUACGCUCCACGCAGGCCCUGUAAGCUCGGCGGAGCUCCUGUUGCUGGAGGCUUUUCCUCGGGCCUCUGCUCCUCUGAUGUCCGGGCCGUGUGUUUGACAAACAGGUGUGAAGGUUCGGGAGUCCAGCUGACACCUGAGAUGAUCAGAGCAGAGUUCCUGUCAGGAAAAGCUCCGUUCUGCAACAGCAACUUAACACCCAGAGAGCCGGCGCUGCCCGGCAGGUCUGAGACCAGCCGGAUGGGGGAGAGAGUGGCCAGCAGGCUGGAGCAGCUUGGAGUCUGUGGCAGCGUGUCGCCUCCAGGAGAGAGCUGUGAAUAG